AUGGGGGCUAAUAACUCGAGGUUCGACAGCGACUUCCCUCCUCUCUCCGAUCAAUUUGACAGUAAUUUCGUCCGACAUCCUCUUACACCGCCAACCUCUACGACCUCAUCGUAUCGAGAUUCAAUCCAGACAGCUGCUUCUUCAUCAGACCACCCGCAACCAAUUCGGAUCACUUUUGCCUCGCAGCACAGCAUGUCAUCUAAGGCUCCAACACCAGCGAGGUGCCUGCCCGGAGUCGAAAGUCGUCAGAUCGUCAAAUUACAAGCGUCACAGGUAACUGGUUGGUUGAUCGUUGACGACUCUGACGAGAUCUACGAGUCGUGUGACAUUGAAAAGUCGAUUCUACCAAAAAGGCCUCCUCGCUCGUUGCCCAAUCCUAAGACGGACUCGAGUUUUCCUGCUCUCGACAUGGAGCCUUCAUUGGCAGAAAUUCACGGUGCCUUCACCAAUUAUCGGUCACUUUCUCCAUCAAAUCACAAGGCUCGUUCAAUACUUCCGGACCCUUCAACAAUCGAGUCCAAGGACCUUCUCAACAAACGUCCCGUACCCUCCUUGCCGGAGCCAAAGAAGAAGCGUCGUCUUGUUCCCACAAAACAGGCGAGCGAAAUCGCUAAUCAAAAAUUCGAGACCUUUACAAAGAAUCAGUUUGGAUUCGUCAAUCCGUUUCACGGUGGCUUCCCCCUCACUGAUGACGAAAAUUGUUUCCUUCCUGAUCCCCAUCCCGGUUCAUCUUUCUAUCAAGAUGCUGACCAUGAAGACCAAGGCUACUGGUCAAAGAUUGUGAGUCCAGAGAAUUCCGGUGAAGGUGAGACUGCAGAUGAACAGGGAGAGCGACUGAAAAAGUUGUUAUCGAGAUUCCAUCAGGGCAAGCAGACGUCAGAAGCAGCAGCGCCACCCAAAAAGGGUUCAACUCCGAAGUUAACUGAAGAAGAAUGGAUCUUGAAGCAAGCUCGCGAAUGUAUGCUCAAAGAACAAGAAGCUGGAGCAGAACGCAGCAGAGAACUCCGAGAGAAAGCCUUACGGCGACGCGGGCUUUUAGCGUUACCGAGUAGUAGCUCAAGCUCGGAAAAAUGCAAGACGCUAUCUGAUGCGGAUGUCGACAACAGCUCCAGCAAUGACCUAUUCUCGGAGCAAAGUAACGUAUUGUCUGACACGGAGGCCGACAACGGCUCUAAUAACGACCUAUUCUCGGAUCGGGGUGGGGCAUUUUCUGAUGCGGAUGUUGAUACUAAUUCGAACAACGACCUGUUUUCUGACGAUGACCCCCAAGCGCAGAGCAGGGAUGAUCUCUUGGAUAUAGCGCAAGAGCAUGUUCGAAAGGACUCGGGACCCAUGGUACAAGAGCAUAUUAAAAAGAACUCAGGACCCGCUCGGACAGAGAUAUGCGACGAAUUGAAGACAGACCAACACACGAGGGAUGCCAGCACGCGAAGCCGACAGUCGAAUAGUGACAAUGAACGUCAGUCCUUCAGAAAUAAAUCUCCACCUUUGCACGUGGAAGGCUGCCACGGUCUAGCCUCAAAUUCUGAAGGGCUAAGUCUAGAUGCAAAAGAGAAGCGCUUCUGUAAGGCAGAACAGGCUGAAUGUUCCAGGCUAACGGUUGGGGGAAGCGUGAGCAACUUGAUCCUAAGUGAUCAGUUCACCACAAAUGACGGCCUUGACCCUAGAGCCCAACGCGGUGAUAUUCUAAAAACACCUGAUGAUCGCGCGAACCCUUUGAAACCCAAAAGAGAACAAAAUGGAUUGGGUGUUAGGGCUAGUGCUGGACAUAAAGACAAAAGCUGUCUAUCCAUUCGGCCUCUCUCUGGUCUUGAGAUGCUGGCGGCGAAGCGAGGAGCUAUGGAUGACCAUCAGAGCGAGUCCAAGGUGUCCGGUCGACCCCUUCCUAGCCAUAAGACGCUUACAGUAAAGCGAGGCGCAUCGCCUAUCGAUCCUGGAGACAUAAAAUCCCAAGUGAGGCAAAAACCGACCGCACAUUCAGCAUCGUCCCUUCCUCCAGGUCCCAGUGGAGGCUUAACCCUCCCUAAGAAUUUUGACCAAUACUCGGAAGAGGAGAAAGAAGUGAUUGUUAAACACGAAGUUGCAAAGGAAAGGAAGAGAGACCUAGACGCUCUUGGGGGGGUGUUCUGGACAUUCGCACAAUUACGAUGCUUCUCGGACCGCGAAAUAACCGAAAGAACUAUACAGACGGAAACCAAUGAGCUUUAUGAGAUUGGGAAGUUUAUUACUCUCGUCAUUGAGCAGGGGAAGCCCGGCAAGAUGCGAAGGACACGUAUCCAAGACAUUCGCGACAAUAUCAGGAGACGGGUACAAAAGGCAGCAGAAAUCUCGGAAGAGCCGAGCGACGUUGCAGUCUUAACGGAAAUGAGGCGCACCUUCAGUCAAAAGCAUAUUGAUAUCAUCGACGAUGAAACACCCAAAGUCCAAGAGGAAAUUGACCACUGGGGAGUGCUACGUAGUACGCGGAGCACUAAGCGGCACAACGCGAGGACCAAAGGCCACAGGAAGGAGCGAACUAAAGAACGAAAAGAAGAGAAUGCCAAUAAAAAACAAGUCCGCUUUGCAGGCGAAGGGGCACAGAUUAUCCGAAGUAAGCCACCGAAGAGCAACCCGGUUAAGAACCGACAAACGCAAGCCAAUCGUCAAGAGGAACUCAUCGAGAAACUUAGAGCUCAGCUAAAACUCUUUGAAACAGCUGACCAAGAAGAAGUGGAGGAAAUUCAGAACCGAGUUGCUGAGAUUGAAACAGAGCUCGAGCGUGCUGGUCAGCACGCAGACAGAGAUGAUAGUGAAGAAGACGAUGGUGCGGAGUUUGUCUUUGGGGCUGGACACGAUGUCUUAUCGGUGACAAGGGCUCGCGGCCGAAUGCCUAAGGAAUCAAAUAUGGAAGAAGCACAGGAUAUUGACGAAAUAAACCGUCUCGAAGAUGGGCGCCAAAAAGAAGCAGGCACUCAUGCGUUACAACGCCAGCGUUUCGAAAAGUCAGCAUCCAAUCAACAAAAGCUUGACCCAGAACUCCUGAAGCAGAUGCAGCUCAAGAAGAGUCAGCCCUUGCAGAGUCAAGGUUUCGACCCAGAGCUUUUACGGCAGAUGCAAAUCAAGAGAGAUCAGCAACUGGAAGUAGCGACAGACCCUACAAUUAUUGAUCGAGAUGCUGUAGGCGAGUCGGAUAGCGAAGGCGAUGCGGCGUCGGGAGCCACAUCUGAUGAAGACGAGGAUCGACAAGUCUUCAGAUACACCGUCUGGGGCACAUUCAUAGGUGUGGAGAUUUACAAGAAUGCCGACCAUUAUUACUUCAUGAAGACUUACAACGUCUCAAGGGCGCAGGAUAAAGUCAGAGAGAUAAUAUCUGCCAUUCACCAGUAUGCAUCGUCAAAGAACGGGACCGAACUUGACAGAGUGAACGUGCAAACUGAGCUACACUACGAAUUGAUGGAGCAACACAUUGUCCUUGGCGAAGACUCCACCGUUGAAGCCAGAGUAUGGAUCGAGCGAGACUUGGUGGAUCUGAAAAAGAAAGCUUUCCGGGCUGCAAAAAGACAAAGAGCAGUGAAACGAGUCGCGACGUUUGCGGUCUAUUGGGAAAAGACUGUCACUCCCCUCAUUCGCACUGAAGAGACCAAGGACGCCGACCCAGAUGGGUUUGCCGAUCUGUUUGAAGAGUCUCCGGAAGACAAAGCCAAAGCUGAAGGACCAGUCACAACCAGCAUCUCACAAGACCAGAUCGAGUUCUUCACCACGCCGAUUCUGGCAAACCGUCACGCCAAGGACCUGUACCUCACAUGGCACUUUAAAUUCCUCCCUGGCUGGCAAAACGAGGGAUACAGACGCCUUGAGGACGAGUCGAUGGAGCAGUAUCUGGAGACGCUGGGGAGUUGGGGCCUGUUCGUUCGGGAAGAGAGCUUUGAGCGAGUCGAUGUCGAUAGGAGCGGUGAGGAGAGACGGGUAGAGGAAAAGUUCAAAGUCUGGGUGAGGAAGAUCGCAGUAAAGGGGCCGGGGAAUUGA